GUAAUGUCCGCCAUUUUGAUUAGAAUAUAUGACAGAUAUUUUCUGCUUGAGCUUAAAUGUUAAGGUUGACGGUUGGAUUUUAAGCAUUUAUUUUAUUUGUACGAAAUAAAGGAAACAGCUACACCAAGCAAAAAUAAAAUAUACGUUCGAACUAUCUGUAUAUGGUUAUCUUGGUUGAAAGCCGGAGGAAAAACGGUAGCACGAAUGUUUAGCUAAACAAAUCACAAUAUAUUGCACGACUUUUUUUGUAAGGUUUGUGAAGAUUUUUUACCUAGAAGUGGAGGCUGGGAGGGGUUCCAUACUGGUUAAUGAAAGAAUUUAACAUUCUACGCACUCUGGAAUCCUGAAGACAAAUGUUUGUCUCCCUGUGGAAGAGAUUUAAUUAAAGACACACAUUGUUUAUCAACAGUUCUGUGUGCCUGGUCACCAUGUUCUGGAAGUUCGACUUGCACACCACCUCACACGUCGACAAAUUGCUGGAUAAGGAGGAUGUGACGCUGCGAGAACUGAUGGAUGAAGAUGACAUCCUGCAGGAGUGCAAGGCCCAGAAUCGUCGGCUCUUACUUUUCCUGAGCCAGGAUCAGUGCAUGGAGGACCUGGUCACUCUCAUAACUCAGGAGCCGCCCACAGAUAUAGACGAGAAGAUACGCUUCAAGUAUCCUAACAUUGCCUGUGAGCUGCUGACGUCUGAUGUGAACCAUAUCAAUGAUAAACUUGGAGGGGACGAGUCUUUGCUCGAAAUACUGUACAGAUUCCUAGAACAGGAGCCACCCCUGAAUCCUCUGCUCGCCAGUUUCUUCAGCAAAACUAUUGGAAACCUGAUAGCUAGAAAAACAGAACAGGUUAUUAGCUUUUUGAGGAAGAAAGAUGGUUUCAUCAGCCUAGUCCUGAAACAUAUUGACACUUCAGCCAUGAUGGAUCUACUACUUCGUCUCAUUAGCUGUGUGGAGCCUGCCCCUUUACGGCAAGAGGUCUUAAAUUGGCUGAAUGAAGAGAAGUUGAUUCAGCGACUUGUAGAUCUUAUCCGCACCGGUGAAGAUGAAGAGAAACAGUCCAAUGCUUCCCAGACUUUGUGUGAUAUAAUCAGACUGAGCAGAGACCAGGCAACUCAGAUGCAAGAUACUACAGAACCCGACCCUCUGCUUACUGUAGUAGAAUCGCAGGAUACUGUCGAACAGCUUUUGAAGAAUAUGUUCAAGGAAGACAAGAGUGAGAACUGCUUAGUAAACGGAACUCAAGUGCUACUUACAUUACUAGAAACCAGAAGGCCAGGGGUGGAAGGGCUGAUGGAUUUGUGUUCUCAGGGAUAUGAAAGGUCUUACACUGUCAAUAACAGCAUUUUACUUGGUAUUGAACCUCAUCUGAAGGAUUUUCAGCAGCUUCUGCUCAAUCCUCCUAAGAAAAGUGCAAUACUGACUACAAUAGGAGUACUCGAAGAGCCGCUGGGAAAUGCUCGUCUUCACGUUUCCAGACUCAUUGCCUCCUUGCUUCAGACCAGCACGGCCAGCAUUAACCAGGAACUAUGCAGGCUUGAUACCAUGGACCUUCUACUUGACUUGUUUUUUAAAUACACCUGGAAUAACUUUUUGCACUUCCAAGUGGAGCUGUGUAUAGCAGCUAUCUUGACCCACUCGGCACAUGAAGAGAAGACAGCAGGGAGUCCAGCGAAUAAAGCUGAGGAGGAGCAGAGCGAGAAUCCAAACCCAGAGAACCCCAGUGACCGCAGCAGCUCUGAGAAUAUCCUUGUGACGCAUCUUUUCCAGAAGUGCUGUUUGGUGCAGAGGAUACUGGAUGCCUGGGAAGCAAAUGACAAAAUACAGGCAGAAGGUGGGAUGAGAAGAGGCAACAUGGGGCAUCUCACCAGAAUAGCUAAUACUGUGGUACAGAACAUGGAGAAAGGACCUGUCCAGGCUCAAAUUAGUGACCUCAUCAAAGAGCUGCCCGAGGACUGCCAAGGACGGUGGGAAAGUUUUGUAGAGGAGACUCUAACUGAGACAAACAGAAGAAACACUGUUGAUCUGGUGAGCACGCAUAACCUACACUCUUCCAGUGAAGAUGAUGACAUGGAAAGCCCAUUCCAUAAUGAGAUAUCGCUUCAGCAGGCAUUUUCAGAUUAUCAGAUCCAGCAGAUGACGGCCAAUUUUGUAGACCAGUUUGGGUUUAACGACGAGGAAUUUGCAGAACAAACCGACAACGUAAAUGCCACGUUUGACAGGAUUGCAGAAAUAAAUUUCACGUUAGAUGCUGAUGAUGAUAGUCCAAAUGUAGCUGUGUUUGAGGCAUGCUGUAAGGAGCGGAUACAGCAGUUUGAUGACAGUGAGGAUGAAGAGGACAUCUGGGAAGAGAAGGAGAUCAACUAUGCAACGCAAGUCAAAUCGAGAACAAGGUUUGGUGUUUUAAAUACCUCUGAAAGCUCCUCUAAGAGUGAUGUGGAAAAUGGAGAGCAGGAUGGGAGCAUUGAUUCAGAGGAGGAACAGGAGCCCCGGCCACAGACACAUCCAGAGCCCCGGCCACAGACACAGCCCGAGCCCUGGCCACAGACACAGCCACAGUCAGAGCCUGGAGAGCCAGCAGCCAAGACAGAAACCAGUGGAAAUUGCCAGGCUGAGAGCAAACAAGCAGAUUCGCCCAAAAGCCCUGUAUGGACAGCUACCUUUGAGGACACAGUGAACUCUAAGCCUCCCCUUCCAUGCGUGGCUGUGGAUGUGGGCUCCAGCGUCUGGGAUUCAGCAGCAGCUGCAGCAUGCGAUACCACUAUAACCGAGGGAAAAGGAUGGGCAAAGUUUACAGACUUUCAGCCUUUCUGUUGCUCAGAGUCUGGCCCCAGAUGUAGCUCCCCUGUUGACUCAGACAGUAAUGAAGGGCACCCCAAACAAAACCAGGACAAAACCUUGAGUGGCUCCUCCCCUUGUGCCUGGAAUGUUUGUGUGGCACGAAAGGCACCUUUGGUGGCAUCUGACAGCAGCUCGUCUGGCGGGUCUGACAGCGAAGAGGAAGAAGAUAAAACAGACAUAGUCACAGAAACCAUAAAGACUGGCUCAGGGCAUGAAACGGUCAAACUCACCAUGGACGCCAAAAAUGAGAAAGCAGUCUUCACAAGAAUAUUUAGGCCUUCAGUUAGAUGUGAUGCAGAUUCCAUGCUUAUAGACAAGCUAACUAUAACUGAUGUCCCUCAGAAGGGAUGUGAAUCUCCACACAGGACAGUGUCGUCAGAUGACCCUCUAAACUCCAACGCUACAGACAGCACAACAAUAGAGCUUAUAGCAAAAGACAAAAACAGAGAAGAGGCAGUGCCUUCUUCUGAAACAACUCUCAAUGGUCCUGCUUGACAAUGUGGGGAUAAGAGCAGGUCAGGUCUGGGCGUGAUCCUUGUAAAUGGGAGAACUAAUUGAAAUGGAGCCAUACCGAAAGCAAACUACUACAAAUGGAAAAGUGGCUUUAGCAUUCCCUGCCCUGACGUCUUUCACUGAUCCUUGUAUUAUCAUCAUGGUGAUCCGUCACCCCUACCCCCAUGUUUAACAGUGUGAUCAGUAUGGCAUGCAUACUUUGGGCAGAUAAUUUGAAUCCAAAGCCUACCACCUGAAGGUUUUUUAAUUUUUUCUUUUUAAUUUCUCUAAAAUGGCUGAUUUUUAAAUUUAGUUCCUAAACUAAAUUUUCUCAUUAAGCUUUUCAGAUGUACUUUCACCAUCUUAUAAUUACCCCCAAAUUUUAUAUUUUAAUCACAUAUUAAAAUUGACCAUUUACAACCUUUAGUUCUUUAUAAAUGUGGUUAGUGAUGUAUUUUUUAAUAACCUACUGACAUUUAAAAGGCUACAUCUUUUAAACCAUUUCAGUUGUUUUUGAGAAUCAGAAACAUAUUCCAUUAUAACAAGUCCAAGCUCAAUGGCAGUGGUAGUCACAAGCCUGUAGGAAUUGGGGAUUGGAAAUAUGGGAAAGCCAUUAGGCCUGGUCCUCACAACCUUAAAAUGAGACCCAGUAACUCAUUCCCUGUUAAAAUAUCUGUGAGGACCUUUUUGAAGUUACAGCGCCGAUAGUUACGCAAGUUAUUUCAAUCAUAGAUACGUUUAUAAGUCUGUGGCUAUUCCCUGUUUGUCUGUCAUGCAAGUCGAAUAAAGUACAGUAUAGCUAGAAAGAGCAGCUGAUGUAGACUAGUCAUUUUUCAUAAUAACUUACUUUGACUUCAUCCUGUAGUAUCCAGUGCCUAUAGUGGUCUGAACACACCUCUACAUUCUAACAAUCCUUUCCAACUACCAACCCAUUAUAACCAAAAAUAUAGUUUUUAUUUAGCCUGGGUUCUGUACGUUUAAACAGAGAAUUUUAAUUCAAGAACACGCAUAUUUGAACUCAAGUACGUUUAGAAAUUGAACACAUUUAUAUUACAAAACUGUAUUCCUGUUUUUAUGGCUUGUUUUUGUUCAGGAACUAAUCUGUUAUUGCAUAAGGGUUAGGCUAUGCGGCAUUUAACUGAAACGUGUAGCCAAUAGUGUUCGCUUACAGGUGCCAAGUUUUGGAUGUUUGUAUUUCUAUAAAUUUAGAAGAACAGUUUACCCCAUUACAAGUUAAAUAAGGCUGAACAUGCUUAUACUAGUCUGUUUCCAUAGAUGAUGCAGUAUGGAGCGGGGUGGGGGGUCUCUUUGUACUAGUCAACGGGACAGAGUGUGCUGUAGUAUCCAGUGCUCAAUUAUUUAAAACCCAGUUUAGUCCUUCCAUACCUCCAAAUAAACCUAAAGUGAUUUCUCCUUGGCCUUUUAUGUUAAAUUGUACUGAAUCUGGGAUAUAGUGCAAAGUAGUAGGGGCCCUGUUCAGUGAUGCUUAAAUGAUACAAUACUUUAGAGUGUGUCUAUAUUUUAUCUUUGUAAUUAUUGUAUGUAUGUAUUUAUGUAUAUGAGGUACAAAAAAAAAACAAAAUAAUAAUUAAAAAAAUGAUCUGUGCUGCCUUCUGAUUUCUGUGCAUUUUAUGAUUUCUAUAUUAAACUUAAGUAUUUCAGUCUGUUACUCGGUCAAAAAUCUUUUUUUGUAUUGUAAAACUGAUGCUGGUGGUUUAAUUUUUUGUUUCUUAUCUGUUGUCAAAAUUAGGCUGUAAAUUCAAACUAUUAAACAAAUAUUUCAAACUGUGGUGUUUGUGUACUGAUAAUUAGUUUUGUAGUCACCAUACCCUGUACAGAUCCUAGAAGAAUGGACUUCACAAUAUAAAUACUGGUCAAUGAAA